AUGGCCACGUGCUUGCGGUUGCCCAUGGCGUCCUCAAUUCCAUGUUCUUCAUCUUCAUCGAUGACACUGAAACACCGUAGCUUCAAUUUUCGGUGUGCAGCCUAUAGCAAUAGCAGUUCAAACAUUCCGAUGCCUCCUUUUAACCCUAAGGACCCAUUUCUAAGUAAGCUUGCCUCUGUUGCUGCAAAUAAUCCAGAUGCACUCUUCUCUCGGCCUCAAAAUUCUGAUAUGCCGCCAUUUUUGGACAUUUACGACUCCCCUAAGCUCAUGGCUACUCCUGCUCAGGUGGAGAGAUCAGUAUCAUACAAUGAGCACAGAGCGAGUACACCUCCACCAGACUUGCCCUCUAUGUUGCUCCAUGGUAGAAUAGUUUAUAUUGGCAUGCCGUUGGUGUCAGCAGUCACAGAGCUUGUGAUUGCAGAGUUGAUGUACCUACAAUAUAUGGAUCCUAAAGCGCCAAUUUAUCUAUACAUAAAUUCUACUGGGACUACCCGUGAUGAUGGUGAAACGGUUGGUAUGGAAGCAGAAGGUUUUGCAAUUUAUGAUUCCAUGAUGCAACUUCAAAACGAGAUACACACUGUAGCAGUUGGUGCUGCCAUAGGUCAGGCAUGUCUAUUGCUUGCAGCUGGUACUAAGGGCAAAAGGUUUAUGAUGCCACAUGCCAAAGCCAUGAUUCAACAGCCCCGUGCACCAUCAUCUGGAUUAAUGCAGGCCAGCGAUGUUUAUAUCCGGGCAAAGGAGGUACUCGUUAACAGAGACAACCUUGUCAAGCUUUUGGCUAAACAUACUGAAAAUUCGGAAGAGACUGUUUCCAAUGUUAUGAGAAGACCAUAUUACAUGGAUUCUAUCAAAGCUAGAGAAUUUGGCGUUAUUGAUAAGAUUCUUUGGCGUGGCCAGGAGCAGGAGCAGAUUAUUGCAAGUGUUGAUGCACCAGAGGUGUGGGACAAUAGGGCAGGCAUCAAAGUUGCUGAUGCUUUUUAGGUCCUUUCAAUAUAUAAUCCGAUGGUAUCAUACAACGCUGUGUUCAGUAGUGAAUAUAUUUUGGAGAAGCAGCUAUGUUGUCAAGUUGUUUUAGACUUCAUGAUCUAUGCUAAGAUCUUUUAGCUAUUCUGUGGACAGGGAAUAUUGACGGAAGCAUUUCAACUAUCAAGGGGACUGAAACUCUUUCAUUUCACUAGUAAAGAGUGUUACCAAAUGAGAGAAAAUUCUGGUUUGUGCAAGUCUUGAAAUGUACGCACUCGCUGUAGCUCUCCAAGAUUAUACAAGUAUCAUGAUGAGAUACUUACUACAUAGUAACCAAGAAUAGGAUUUUCGCUUUGUAUUAAAAGCAUUGUACACAAAUUGUUGUUGGUUUCUGAAUUUGUGAGUGAGUCGAACAAUUAUCAGCUCAUGGGCAAAUUUUUUCUCUCUCUAGAUUAUGAAUUUACCCACGUUUCUAUA